GUAUAUUUAUGUGUGCGGUUAAAUACUGCAAGAAAAAAACAAACUUUGGAGUGUCUUUGUAUGCUCAGUGAUGUGGUAUUUGGCCCUACAUAUCUUCACAGUAUAUGGAGCCUAUGGUUGUGUGAUGACAAGUUCAGACCAGAAGGUUAAUGAUGGUACAGAUGUGUAUUUGUCGUGUAAUUUCUUCCAAUGUCCUGGACAUCGGGAUUUCAUUUCUCUCAGUGCGGAGUGGGAAUUCCAGACUAUCUCUCAGACAAAAAUAAUCCUGUACUACAUCAGCAAUCAAACCGUAUCAACACUGCCUGGUGUAUAUUUUCGUGGAGAUGUCAAAAUGGGGAGUUUUGAUAUACACCUCCCAUCCGUGACCCAUGAGAACAAUGGAACUUACCUGUGUAGACUGCGGCUCAGGGGCAGGUUCUUCAAGAAUCAUACACAUCUUAUUGUCCGAUCAGCACUGACCAGGAGAAACAGUCCAGGUGCGAUUCAUCCGCAGGCUCAUCCUCCCUGGUGGCUGGCCCUGGUGUCAGUGGCUGGGUUUGUGUUACUAAUUGGUAGUGGGUUUCUGGGAAGGAGGGCUUGCAGAUCAAUCCAGAAAGGUGACGAUUCAAAGCAAGAUAUGGAAGAGGUUAAAACCAGAACUGCCACUGAAGAUAUGGGAAUCACAUACAAGGUGGGAUUUAGCUCUAUGAAUGUUCUGGCAGAUGUGAGCACUCCUCCCAGUCCAGACAACAUCUAUAUUACCAUGCAUGGUUUCCCAUUCACACCAGACGCUCCUGCCACAGCUGAACGCAGCAGACGUCUUCCCUCUGACUGGCAGCCAAAGGAUGAGGAACCUGUAUGUACCCACAGCCACCAAGAUAUACAAUCAGAUCAUGCCGCUUUGUGCAAAACUCAUAAACGAUGA